AUGCCCGCUGCGACGGCAUCAGGCGCCGACGCAACUCCAAAUGGCAAUGCAGCAAAGAGUCGAGAUCACAACCAGGGGAAUCAGGAGAGAAAGUACACAGUGGAGCAGAAGGCAGCGGUCAUAAGAGUACGGAAAUGCUCGGCAACAGCAUUCUACGAGAUUCUAGGGUUGGAGAAGGCAGCCUCGGAUGCGGAGAUCAAAAAGGCAUACCGGAAAUUAAGUCUUCUGACGCACCCGGAUAAGAAUGGCUAUGAUGGGGCGGAUGAGGCUUUCAAGAUGGUCUCGAGAGCUUUCCAAGUGCUGUCAGAUGCGGAAAAGAAAGAGAAAUAUGACCGCUUUGGAGGCGACCCGGACAACCGAUUUGGCCCUGGUGCUGCUGCCCCUUCAUCACCUUUCAGUGGAUUCGCAGCAAGAUCACCGGGAGGGAGGGGACCCAUGUUCGAAGAUGAGAUAUCACCGGAGGAGCUAUUCAACAGAUUCUUUGGCGGCGGCGGCAUGGGUGGCGGACCUUUUGGCGGUGGAGUUCCUAUGUUCAACGAUGGUCCGCAGUUUGUAUUCAACCUAGGAGGCGGUCCCGGCUUCCGCGUACACCAAUUCGGCGGUAAUCGACCAAGGCGGAGGCCAAGAGAGGCGAACGGCACCGGCGAAGAACAACCGCGAAGCACAUUGGGUGCUCUGUCAAAUCUCCUCCCACUCCUAAUCCUUUUCGUCCUCCCAAUACUAUCCUCACUUUUUUCCUCGGCGAUGCCGAGUGGUCCCAAUAUACAUUUCCAACCUGGCCCUCCGAAUACAAUGCACCGCACUUCGCAACGGUUAAAGAUCGAGUACUAUCUGGAUCCAAGGGAUGUCGUCGACUACAGUGGCCGGAAAAUGAACGAUCUUGACAGGCAGGCUGAGAAUCAAUUCGUGACGCAGCUACAAUAUGAAUGUCAGAUAGAACAGCGGACACGGAAUACCAUGAUAGAGCAGGCGCAGGGUUGGUUUUUUCAAGAUGCAGAUAAGAUGAGGGAAGCGAGGAAUUAUGAUAUGAGGAGCUGUAAGCAGCUGGAUACGUAUGGUUUUGCAAGGAAUAGUUACUAG